CCCCAGUUACCUUACACGCUGUGUCCCAUUUCAGACCAUGGUAUAUAAAUGCACACGCUGAAAGAUUUUGUAUAACUGAUACAAACAGGCUUAAUGAAUAUGUCGGUUACUGUAAUAUAUGGCUGGCUUUUGUGCUGUCUUCUGCUACAUCCGUCUGUGGCUAAAAAAUGUGAAUCUGAGGACACACACGACUUUGUUUAUUACCCGAAGUACCCACUGUCAUUCGAGGACUUGAGGCAAUACGUAAUAGGUGGUGGACCGCAUUCCAGACAAUACUUUGAAGUGUACAGUUUUGACCCCGCAGACUUGAAAAUAAACUACGGGUUACCAGUUCUUAGAAAGGUUGCUAUACAAUGGAACAUAAUUACAGAAGGGUUCCCGGGUAACUUUACCAACGACUAUGCAGGGUGGUUCCCAUACACACCCUUCCUUCCGGAUACUAGUGGCAAAUGUGAAACUGGCGUUAUUGAAUUCGAGACUCUUGUAAGGAAGGACAUGAAGCUGAGAUUCAAGUUCCUUUCAGUGUACCCUUCUGUUGAGAAUUUUAUUGGAACAUCGUUUUCGUCAUGUCCGGAGAGUUACUUGAUAAAUUGGUACUGCCCGGAGGUCAACAUCGUGUAUGGUAAAUUUGGCAUCGACCGUUGCAAGAGUGGAACCAGAAUGAGUAUCUACAGUUCCACUGGUCCUAACAAUAUGCCGUGGCAACUCAUUGUAGAGGACUUGUGUCGGAACAAGUCACCAAAGAUGGAUGACAAAAGAUGGACCAUGACCCAUGAUGCUCCAGAACAAUGUGACUUCGGGAAUGGUGACCACAGGAAAAAGAGAUCAACGGAAACGCGACAUUACCUGUAAACACAUUGAAAACUGACUUUUCCACAGUUUGAAGGGCUGUCAAGCACCAGCACUAAAUGUAUCAACCACAAAGAGUUCUGACUUGAACAAAAUGAAAAUUUACCCAGUAAUUCUUAACGUUUUUCCACUUAUAUACAUUAUAAAACAGUCAUACCUCAACAAAAUGCAAUAUGUAUUUCUCAAAAUUGCUUACUCUUUAUGCCUGAAGCAAAGUGCUACAGAAGCUAAACACUGUAAAUAUUUCAUCAAUUUUCCUAAAAUAGAUUUACUGGCGUCUAGGAACGUCAGUAUCAUUUCCAUUCUUACUUGCCAUACAUUAUUUUUCAAAAAAAAAAACUGAGUUAUUUAAAGUAGAGUUUUAUUAGAAUUCAUUUAUAUUAGCAUACAAUCUAAUGACUUAUAGAGCCUCUCGGCAACCCCUUGUUCAACUUAAUAGGAACUAAAUGAUCUGUGGCUAUGACUUAAUUUUUAACAGUGUGUGCAUUAGUCAUAAGGAAAAUGGUAGUACAUGUAUAUAGCCAGCAACAUAAUUAGAAAAAAAUUAACACUGAUAAUUGAAUUAACAUCCUUUCUUCAUGGUAGUUUUAACAGCACAGUUGUACAGAUUUUUAAUGAUUUUCUCAUGUUUUCUUGCUUUUGUACAUUUGUAUUAUAAUUAAGGCCAUUGUUAUUUCUCAGUAACAGUUUUCUUCACUUAGAACUUGAUUACUAAUUAUUUAGGAUAAUAAGUCAGCUGGGCAGAUCAGCAAAAUACUUUAAGUAUUUCAUAUUUUCUUAAAAAGGAAAUGUUUUAAAAUAAUAUUAAACAAGCAAAUUCGAUGAAUUGGUAUCCCCCGCCGAAAGGGUUUGUGGUGAGGAAUGGCAAAAAGAUAUAUCCGGCAAAAAGUUAAGGAUGUUAAUAAGAAGCAAAUAAUUUCAUUAGUCAAAAUCAAUUUAACAGAAAACAAAUGUUUAAUUAAAGAGUACAUAAUAAAUGUAUGAUACUUUGAUCCUGACUAAAGAAUUUAUUUUGAAUGGGAUAUGCUUACUGUAAUAAGCUUAGCUUUUAAAAUUAAAUGCAGUUAAUUGAAAUGUGAGCUUGAAGUUUAACUGGAAUGAAAUAUUGUCUUUGAGUGGUUUGGCACCAGGUGUUGCUGUUUUACAAGUAAAGAUCAGAUGUCCUUAAGAGAACACAGGUAAGAUAUCUUGAACAUAGCUGAGGGCAAGGUUUGUGCAGUCACAACUUAACAUGUUGGAGGUUUGAACAUUUAAAAAAAAAAAAAAAAGGAAUGGAAAUAGGAAAUAUAUAUAUCUAUAUAUAGAUAUAUGUAUAUAUUUAUUUUUUUAGGGGGUGGGGGUGCAGGGGAACGGGAGAGGAAACAAAAUUUCACAUGUUGAUUAUAAAUAUU